AUGAGGAAGGAGAUGGAUGAACUGAGGAAUGCCAUUAAGGAGAAGACGGAUCAGAGCAUAGAUAGGAUGGUAAGGGCCAUGGAUUCGCCUUUCACCACGGCGGUGCUUGAAUGCCAUGUACCGUCGAAGUAUUGGUUACCUCAACUCAAGCCGUUCGACGGACUCAGAGACCCUCAAGAUCAUCUUAAUACCUUCAAGACGACUCUAGGUCUUCAACAGCCACUUGACGAGAUACUGUGGGGGCAACGUCCAGAGAGGCCAGCAAACCACUUACUCACCAUUAGACAGGGAGAAAAGGAAACUCUGAGGUCGUACGUCAAACGCUUCACCCGGGAGACUCUGGAGGUGGACGAAGUAGAUGACAAGGUGCAGCUGACGACCUUUAAAGCGGGACUGAGGUCUAGAGAUCUCAUGGCCUCCCUCGCAAAGAAUCCACCAAAGACGAUGGCAGAAAUGCUCCUGAAAGCACAAAAAUAUAUGAAUGCUGAAGAUGCUUUAGCAGCCAUAAACGAUGCAGAGAGGCCAGGAGACAAGGCAAAGAAAGAAGACGACCGUAGGGGUCAAAAGAGAGAGUAUCCAGACCGUCAGAACAACGAUGGGAAUAGGAGGAAAGAUGAUAAAAGUCCUCAGACGGUAAGAUUUACUCCUUUGGUUAUGCCUGUUGACAAAAUUUUAACGCAGAUCAAGGAUGAGCAUUAUCUUAAAUGGCCCAGACCAUUGCACUCAUCCCCCAAUGUCCGUGACAAGAACAAGUACUGCCGGUUCCACAAAGAUCACGGCCAUAACAUGAAAGAUUGCAGAGACCUAAAGGAGCAGAUAGAGGAGUUGAUAUGGAAAGGGAAAUUACAGAAAUAUGUGAAGAAGUGA